AUGAACCAAUGUUGCCCACAACAACAGAUUCCUUCUCCAGUGAUACAAAUGUGUGGAAGUGUGGAGCAGUUGAAAAAAACGCUUGAAAACGUUUCUCCGUCACAAAUAUAUUGGGGUGAUGAGUUUGGGUAUCAGUUUCAAGACAAACCUGGGAAAACGAGGCUGCAAGAACAGGGUUCGUACGGUUUUGUGUGUUUGUGUGGAGAUGGUUCGCAAGUCAAUCCAGUCGUUCUUCAAAGCCUUGGCACUGGUGUUUUUGUCAACAGAAAGAUAACUCACAGCAGCUUUGUGUUUUGGUUCCAAAGUGUCUUCGCCAAAAAUGUCAAAGACAAACACAAACAGUCCGAGUCCACAACAACUUAUUUUGUAACAAACCCUGCGUUCGAACAAUUUUUCAUCCCCUUAGUCGAUUUUCUUCGAACUGAAAACAUCGUUGUUCUCUUUAUUGACUCAACAAAUCAAAGCAGUCCUUUUGAUCGUCUCGUCUACUCCGUGAGUACGGCGAUAAAAACACAACACGAUAUAGUACAGAAGAUGGGUGCAAUGUGGUGGUUUGUCCUCGUUGAGCGGAAUGUGUGGCGGUGUGCACAGUGGUUUACUGAUUAUUUCAAAAGUGAAGUAAUAUCGGUUCCUGAACCUACUGAAGCGCAACAGGCUCAGAAACCGAGUGAAGAAACAUUCGAUUUUUCCCCCUCAAAUGUGCUUUCGUUACAACAAAACGAUCUCAAGAAAAAUGAGAACGAUCUGAAAGAUCUCCCCGACGAACAGAGUAAUGGAACAAAAGAAACUGAGAAAGACACUGAUACUGAUGAAGAUGAUAUUUGUAUUGACCUUGACGCUGACCCAGAAGAACUCGAAAAACAACUCACGAAAUCUCGGCUCAAAAAGACAAGUUUACCAGAACGAGAAAGAAACACCUCGCCAGAAACACUAACUGGAUAUUUAAGCGAUAAAAAUGAAGAGGAAGUCCAGAAGAGGCCGCUUCAAAACGACACUAUAACACCAGUCACUACACUUGACGAGAAGGACAUCCCACAACCGCCAAAGACGUGUGAUACACUUACCUCAAAAAUUAAGGAAGAGGCGUUUGAAACGAAAACGUCUGAGGUUAAAAUAUGUAAUAAGAUCAAACGAAUGAUUAAUCAAGGCGAAGCGGUGACGGAACUCACGUUGAAGGUCGAAAGCGCGGAGAGAGGAGAGGACUAUGUGCGAAUAAAGAAUUUACUUGAGCAAGACGGAGUCGUGGGAACACACCAACACUUUCUCCCAGCAAACUACGAACAAGAAACCAUGGAGUAUUGGAAUUUGAAGAACCACGAAUUUGUUAAUAUUUUACAGACCAAGGGAUUAACUGGUGACGAAUGCCUUUACAAUUUAACAUCAUUUGGAGAUGAGUGUUGUGAAAUUAAUGAUACAGUGUUUUACAACAACAAAGAUACCCGAUUUAAGGUUGUGGAAAAGACAAGGGAGUAUUUUGGUGUGUGUUGUGUUGGGGAUAAAGGAGGAUUUGUGCAGAUGAGUGUGAGCGUGCCAAAGGAAGUUGGGGAUCAAAUUAAAUUAGGGUUCGAGUUGGUUCACGUCAUGGAAGGGGAGUAUUAUUUUAAAAGAGAGGUUUUGAAAAAGUGGGUGAACGAAACAUUGAUAGAACAAAUAAAAAAGAACAACGAUGAGCAGCGGAGCAAACGAGGGAUUCUCUUUUUGAGCGAAGCGAUGAGGUGGAUUGUUGAUGAAACGUGUUUUAAGAGUAAAGGAGUCGAAGCGAUCUAUGUGGGAGAGAGGAUGUGUAAAUUUUUGCCCAUUUACAAAAUGGUCGAAAGGGUAUACAGCGAUUCUGUGAAGCGGAACUGCCUCACAAAAGAACUUUUCUGCUUCUCAUUUAUCGACUUUUUCUCGACUAUCGAUAUUAAUACAAUUCCAACAUUUUUCGAGAAAUUUAAAGGAGACAAAACAACGCUCGAAAGGAUGCUGGUCGAAGGAGAAAAGAUGCUCGACAAAAACGUCACGUUGCAACGGGUGGAGAAUGACUGUAUCAGGAAUUUUGAUGUGAGUGGAUUACCAAGAGUAUUUGAAUGUGCGUUACGCAAUAUUGUGCUUGGCCAGCUGGGGGAUUAUGAUAGGAAGGUGUUGCAGUGGUAUCAUUUCAUAUACAAUGCUCCAGUUCUUCUUAAGUUUAUUGGACAAAUGUUUUUUGACAAGUGA